AUGGGAGACAAAACCGCCCUUUUUGACCGUGCCGACUUCCUUAUUGACUUCUGCAAUACACUGUUGUCAAGAUUUCCUUUAAAAGAUAAGGAAAUUACAAAAAGAUGGGUUAUAAAUAUGAAGCGAGAAAACUGGUUUCCUACUACAGCCAGUUACCUCUGUUCAGCUCAUUUUGAAGAGAAAUAUAUGUACCACACAAAUGUCCAGAGGCGCCUUUUGUCAAAAGCAGUACCUACUAUCUUUAACUUUCCAUCACAUUUACAAAAGCAAGAUAAAGUAUUACGACCACAAUCCAGAAAGCGAUCUUUCGACAAUUUGCAAGAUAGUGCUGUUACAGUGACAUCAUUAGCACAAAUGCCUGUCGGACCCACAUCUGUUUCUGCUGACCACAAUUACUGUCUACCAAGCCCUAAGAAGUUGAAAACACAAUAUAACAGAGUACAAGUAGAGAAUGUGUGA